AUGUGCGAUCCGUGCUGCAGCCCAUGCGAUCCGUGUUACCCGUGCUAUCCUUGCGUGAGUACCCCACCGAGGAUGUGCAAAAGCCGCGAACUGAGAGGAGGCAACUUGAUCAUGACCUGCGAGUGUCUGAAGCGGAACGGACUGCAGAAUGACUGUCCACGGACGGAGUGUCAGGCCAAACCAUGCUGCCUUACCAAACCGGAGGCAAGCUGCUGUCCAUCGCGGUGGGCUCGCCGCUAUCGUUUCGUCACGAUGGGUCGCAAGAGCAAUCCCAUCUGUCCGUCCAAGUGUACGAUACCGUCGGGAGGUGGUGGUUGUAAUCCCUGCCCGGUUGGACCUUGUUGCCCUUGCCCGUCGGCCCCGUGUCCGCAAUCGUGCUGUGUGCCAACCGUAGCUUGUGAUCCGUGCUGUGGACCGGCCGGCUACUGCGCUCCUUGUGGGCCAGUGUGCGAUCCGAGCUAUCCUCCCGUGUGUGAUCCAGCCUGCGCCGUACCAUGCUGUGAUCCGUGCAGUGACUGUUGCGUACCGUGUGGACCGUGCGGACCGUGCGGACCGUGUUAG